CCGCGUCACGUGUGGAGAGGUGGCGCAGUCGUUCUGAUCCGCCAUCGUCUUGUGUCCCGUUAUUCCCCGGCACACCAUGCUCCGCUCAGCAUCCUCUCACUGACCGCCCCGCUCAUCCCCCGGAUUACUGGAUAGAACCGGCCGGUGCUUGUGCGCAGAGGAGACAGGAUGGCGCUGACCGCUGUGUCUGAACUCAUCAAUGACACUCUGCGCCUGUACAGCUGGAGCCUCAGCAUUGCAGAUAAACGGGUUGAAAAAUGGACUCUCAUGCAGUCUCCUUUACCAACGCUGGCCAUCAGCACCCUGUACAUGCUCAUUGUGUGGCUGGGUCCCAAGUUCAUGAAGAAUCAAGAACCUUUCCAGUUACGUUAUCCGUUGAUUUGUUACAAUUUUGGCAUGGUUAUUCUGAACUUCUUCAUAUUUAAGGAGCUAUUCCUAGGAGCGAGAGCAGCAGGAUACAGUUACAUUUGUCAGACUGUAGAUUAUUCAGAUGAUGUUAAUGAAGUCAGAGUGGCAUCUGCUUUGUGGUGGUAUUACGUCUCUAAAGGAGUGGAAUACUUUGAUACAGUGUUUUUUAUCCUGAGAAAAAAGUUUAAUCAAAUAAGUUUUCUGCAUGUAUAUCACCACUGUACAAUGUUUACCUUAUGGUGGAUUGGAAUCAAGUGGGUCGCUGGAGGACAAUCCUUCUUUGGUGCGCAUAUGAAUGCCUUGAUCCAUGUUGUGAUGUACUUGUAUUAUGGCUUAGCUGCUUGUGGUCCACAUCUUCAGAAGUAUCUCUGGUGGAAACGAUAUCUGACAAUUUUACAGUUGGUUCAGUUCCAUGUCACUAUUGGUCACACUGCCCUAUCUCUUUACAUUGAUUGCCCUUUCCCAAAAUGGAUGCAUUGGGCACUGAUUGUAUAUGCCAUCACCUUCAUUUUUCUCUUUGCAAACUUCUACUAUCGGACAUACAAAGCACCAAAAGGAUCUACACGGAGUGGGAAGCCUGUUCAGAAUGGAAAAUCUGUGACAAAUGGAGGUGCAGUUACUAAUGGUGCAGUGAACAAACAUGACAACCACAAAGUAGGCGUAGAGAAUGGAAGGAAAAGGAGAAAGGGAAAAGCAAAGAGAGAGUGAUCAACCCUGCACCUCAUUCCGUCUUAUGUUCUGGAACCUCUACUCAUGAGGUAGCCGUCCCCUAUUGAUUUAGUGUACACAGUUGAUCAAGCACUUAAGCACUGUUUAGGUCCAUGUAUUGACUGUUGGUAUUAUUUCCUUUAUUUAUAAUGGAGCUUGAUCUGUCCUUAAUUUAUUAUUUCCAGUCUGAAGUGAACAAGCUAGCAUUGCUCUAUUUUUACUUUGUUCCUCUGGAGGGAGGAAUGACAGUCUCUGUUGGCUUGUGCACAGGAGGGAGUUCCUAGUAAAUAAUAUGUUGUAGCAGUGAAAAGGAUUCUGUAACCAAUAAUUCAGAUGAUUAAGGAGGAGACAGAAAUUGCUGCAGGAAAAAUAAACCAAGGGUUCAUUCUAUUCAUCUAGUUAAGCAUGUCACAAUAUUGUGGCACAUCGUCCCUGUCGAGCUCGAAGAAUAAUGUUAUUAUGUUUAAUCGCUUCUACCAUACAAUAAAACAUGUGGGUGGAGCUUAUCUGGAGCAGCUGCUUGAAGACUACAUACAUCAGCUUUAUCUAAAUCGCCCAAGGCUAAAUUCUUGCUCUACCCAACCAAUACUAAUCCUGUUAGAUUUUUGUUUAAAGCGUUACUGUCAUUAGGAACAACUUUUUUUUCCAUUUAAUACUUCAUUAAAAAAAUGUAUUGCUAAAGAUGUGAUUUAAAAAAAAAAAACAUUUUUAAAUAUGGCCACCAGGGUUCUCUGUCUAUUUAAUUUUGAAAACGAACCCGGGUAUCUAGGGCUCUUUGGUCCUGACUACCAAGAAAGGGACUGAAAUUUUGAAGGGGGGGAAGUGGGGUGUGGUUUUAUUUCUCAUCUGCUCACUCAGUACAGUGUAUAAUCCAGCUUUCAACUGUGUGAGGAGAACACCUGUGAGAUCCAGACAGCUUGCAGCCUCUUCAGAUGAGAAGCAUUCCCAUGCACAGUGACAAGAAAUAAAAGGUGCUAAACUAUUUUUUAUAUGCAAAAUGGUUUCUCUUUGGUCAUUUAUAUGAUCUGAUUUCUUGUGUAUUUGCACCAUAUAGGUUCCACAUGUCUGCUUUAUGGUUAUAAAAGGCCUGCACUUUGGUCACAAAGGUGUGAAAAUGUAAAAAUCAAAUUUUUUUGGCACAAAAUGCAGGUCUUUCUUCUGUACUUGCACCAUAUAGUUUCACAUGGCUGCAUUAGAGUUAUAUAGAGCAUGCAUUUAGGCAAAAAGUGUAAAAAUGUUUGUGCAGACCUGAUGACAGAGGGAAGGGGGUAGAAGAGGAGCUCAUCAUACUCCAGGGGAAACGCUCCCAGUCUCUGGAGAGAAAUACAGAAAGACUUAUCACUGUAAUACAUAAGUCAAAGGGUAUUUUACAUAUUAGAACAUGCAUAUUAUUGUGCAUACAGGUCUUGGGGCACAUUAUUACACUGAUUUAAAGAGUACCUGUCACCAAAUAAACUUUUCUAAACUAACUCAGAUUAUGUUCCUUAACUACUCUAAACACUCCUCCCACCCUUUAAAAUAAUUGCAGAGCUUUAAAAAGAAGCUGUCAAUCAAGCUCAGUGCAGAGAAACACUUCCUGGGUUUGGUCUCCUGCCAUUACAAACAGGAGACCAAAAUCUGAGAUUUUGACCAGACUGAAUGUGUUCUGGCCAAGAAGGGAGACCCCUGAUGGCCAGAAGUAUACAGCAGAUAAACUAACAUAAAACAUUUUUGUUUUUUAAUGGAAGCCAAUUACAAAAGUUAUUUAUUUGGCAUAAGGAAUCAAAUAUUAAAAAUCAUGUUUAAUGACAGUGCCCAUUGAAGCAUUUCUUUAAAUUUUGCUACUAAUGACAGUAAUGCUUUAAAGACUGAGCCACCAUGGUUAUUUAUACACCAUAUGUAUUUACGAUGCACUGGCCCAUUGUUUACACUACCUGCUUUGUGCAGGGACAGGAAUACCCAAUAAAAAGGAUGAGCGCAGAAACUAUGCGUGUGACUGAACCCCUAAGGUGUAAACGGGAAAUCCUACUGGCUUUUUAUUACUGAACAUUCUAAAAUAUAUAGUAUAUCAUCUAUACUAUGCUCCGUAGUUCAAUACUGAGAUUACUGCUUGGGUGACUAGCAUCCUCUUUAGAAUUGCUAGCAUGUAAAGAAGCCAGGCUAUUACUCUACAUCUUCCUGUUAUGUUAGACUGAACAGUAAACAAAUACUGAUGCUGAGCAGGGGCAGUGACUGGUAGUGUCCUGCUCUGUAAGAUAUAGGCUUCCUAUGUGCCCCUGAUACUGGUCAACUGGGGGCGACAGAUCGUCUUUAUUUAUUAAAUCAUAAAAUAUUAUUAUCACCCAUGAUGGCUCCGCUCUGGAGAGCCACCGUUAAUGCUGUUGUUUCCCAGAAUACAUGAGGGUUGGGGGAAGCUCCCUCCAUAGUGUUACUUCAAGGGAAACCAAUAAUACAUUACUACUACUACAACCAUGCAAUGUAACUUCUAAAACCUAGAGAGUUAAUUAAGGAAAGGCAUAGAAAAUAAAGGUCUUUAAAGCAAAAUUUAGAAUGUGCCCUUGUGGCAACAAACAGACAAAAUGGAAUAGAUGAGACCAGUUUUGGUUUGUAGAGAAGAUAAGACCUGUAUAUAUUAGCUACAUGGCUGCUCAUUUUUGGUUUUACUGGAAGGUGUCUACUUUGUUGAGCUAAAAUUCCCAUCAUACUUUCAACAUUGAAGGUCUUUCCAUACCUCAGCUCACAAAUGUUGUACACACUCAUACAUAUAUGGCAGUGUGUUAUCCCUUUUUCCUUGCAUCUCUAUGUAUGAAAUCUUUAUACCUACAUUAUAGUUUUAACAAAGUAUCUGGUACCGUUCUGUACAUAUUUGUUUUCAUAUAGAUCUAGUGGUUUAUGUGAUGUAAAGUGUUACCCAGGUCAGUAUAUUAGCUUUAUAUUAAAAAUGUGCAUUUUGUUAUUGUUAUAACUAAGUGGGGGGUGUGCUACCAUUAGUGCCAUUCUGUGUGCUUGGCAGAAGAGCCCCAAUACAUACUAAGUGUGUCCCACAAUCGUAUAAAGAAUUAUUAAACAGUAAAGAACAGCCAAUAGUUGUAGUGCAGAAAAGGGAUAGGUAGCUGAUCAUGGAAGGAUCCAACCGCUGGGACACCCUGUGAUCUCUGGAACAGGACCCUGGCUCUCUGUGAGGAGCGCAUGUUGUCUACCAGUAGACUGCACGUGCUCCAUUCAUUUCUAUGGGAAUGUUGAUGAUGCCCGAGUGCUGUACUCAGGUCUCUUUGGCGCUCCCAUAGAAAUGAAUAGAGCGUGUGCCGUCUGCAGCACACGCUUCAUCAAUCGGACCCCCAACAAUCAGCUACUUAUGACCUAACCUGCUAAUAGGGGAUAAGUUCAUUGUGGCUGAAUUUGUCUGAUAAAUCAGUAUGUAGCAAGUUCCAUUUGGUGGUGCUUUUCAGGUGGUUAUCAUGUUUAAAAACAAAACUGUCAUCGGGUUUUACCUCUUUUACCCAUUUCCACCACACUUCAUGACAUGAAAAGACCAUUCUAAAUGUAUAGCUAUUGAUCCCCAGUAACAGCACAUACCUUAGAAAUCUCCUGUGUCAGCUCAAGGCUACUUUCACACUGCCAAUGUGACCCGACCAUAAACGGCCGUAAGGCUCUUUUUUAUUUCUCCAGCCUUUAACGGCUGUUAUCAGGAUGGGGCACAAUGGGCAAUAACGGAUCACGAUGGAUCCCUUUUACUAUAAACUGGUCCGUCUGGCGCCAUUAUUUUGUAAUGGGAGAAAAAAAAAUGACGCAAGUAGUAUUUUUUUUCCUCCCACUUUUCUCCCCGGCCUUCGCCGACGGCCGUCACUCUGCCGUGUCCUGAUGGCAGUGUGAAAGAAGCCUUAAAGUGUCCGAUAGUCUUAUCUGGAUCUCCGUACUGUCUUCCUCAAUUGUUACUAAGCAUGCCCUUGUCCUGUUUUUUUUUUUUUUAAGUAUUUAUUUAUAACUUUUGCAAUUUUAAACAAGGAAAUACACACAUGGGGCCGAGCACAAGGCCCCCCCCCCCCCCCAGCUCACCCCUCCUGCGUACAAAAUCAAUGGAUCAUGUCAGGACUAAAUACACACCCUUGUCCUGUUGACAUGGGUGACGCAUCACCAACGAGUCUUCUCAGCAGAGAUCCACUGAAUCCGCAGUGUAUUGUCCCUUUUCUGGACAGAGAAAUUGCUGUCUUUUGCAGGUGCCAGUUCUCAGCUAGCUUUAUUGGCUUUCAUAUUCUUCAGGACCAGUACAUAGCAGAAUAACAAUGAUUUGUCUGCACACAAAAGGAAAAACACGCUGCACAUUCCUCACUUCUCUGUUGGAGCAUUGAAGGCAUCAUCCACAUUUUUCGUCGGUGAUUCAGCAUGGCACGUCUGGAUACAACAAGUUAAUUCUUCAGCGCCAUUAGCUAUAUGUUUUGGAAGGUCUUUUUCUGUCAUACAGUGUAGUACGAUUAGUUUAAAAGAGAGAAAGUGGGUGACUAGUUCUCUUUAAAGGGGACAUGUCAGCUCGCCUGAUGUGUCAUAUUUUUAUAGAAUUGUCCACUGUACCGUUCUUACGUUAUUAAAGGGGUUAUCCACCAUAAGGUGAUUUUAGUACGUACCUGGCAGACAGUAAUGGACAUGCUUAGGAAGGAUAUGUUCUUGUCUUGGGGCUAAAUGGCUAUGCUGUGAGAUUACCAUAACACUGUGGCUAGCUGUUUGUGAACUGAUAUUUCCUGUUUCAGUUUUCUUUUUUUAACUACAAAUCCCAUGAUUCCAUUUUCCUCCCUCCCACACAUCAGCCACCCCACCCAUUGAAACAUAAAUGAGCUGCAUCCAUUCAAAAGACCUGUGGUUUUCAAUCAGGGUGCCUACAGCUGUUGCAUUAGUUGCAGAUUGAUCUCUCUCCCACCAAGCAAUCCCUCCACCCAUUGAAGCAAACAGGCUCCCUGUCAUCAGCUGACUAGUGAGUCAGGUCUCGGCCGCAUUGCAACCUGGGAAAAAUCUGAGACAACAGUAAUUUUGUAUGCUGGUAAAAAUAAAUAUUGGGGUAAAAAUCACUUAAGAAUUGUGAGAAAACUGUCACACACAGAAACAGACACUAUAUUAUGAACUACACUAACUUUACAGCCCCUGUAGCAUGGUCAAAUAAAAAAAACAUUCCUGGAAUACCCCUUUAACUAAAACAGACAUGUCAAUGGACCAGUCCUCUUUAUAUAUUCAGAAAAUCGAGACAGGACCUUUUGGUUGAAGGAUCCUUAAGAUAGGUACACAAGUAGAUCAUAAAGAGCCGGUUUAACACAAACAUAUUACAUGUGCAUUUCUGCAUCUGUAUUAUGGCCUGUAUCAUGUCUUGACCUCACUUCUGAUGACCUGAAGUGACAGCUAUCAGUUUGGGUCAUCAGAAGCAUGGUCAGGCUAAUACUUCUUUUAGCUGUAAUACUGAUGCAAAAAUUUGUUUGUAAUAUGCUUGUGUGAAAGUGGUCUAAUCUGUAUCUAUGAAAGGGAUUUGGGAGCUCUAUAUCAGAAAAACAAGACAUGAGGCAGGAACUACUUGAUAUGGUGACCCUUCUUUUGCUUGCAUAAUCUGGUGCCACUGCAUCAGCUUUUCAUUAUAGGGUCCUUAUGUUGCUCUUCAUGUAGGGCAAAGUGCUACACUCCUGUUAUCAAGAUAGAUGUAAACCUGCAGAUCCUCUACAUUUAGGUGUAUUGGGGGGAGAUUUAUCAAAGGAUUUAGACUGGUUUUUCCAGUCUAAAAUUGUCGCACAGAAAGUUGGUCUAAAUACGUGCAACUUUUUCGCCAAUUUUGCAUUAGAGGAUUUUUAGCACAUGAUGCAUUCUAGGCUAUUAUAGACGGAAAAAUGCAUUGGUGCUGAAUUUAUCAAUAGCAACUUUUCGUCGAAAAGUCGCAUCGCCCGAAAAUACGCUGAAAUGUCAGACCAUGCUGGAGCAGGUUUAAAUACAGUCUAAACCGUAGAUCCCGAAGUCCGUGCGCAGAAUUUAUCAAGAACCGUGCGACUUUUGAUAAAUUAGGCUCACAAUAGAUCGGCCUAACGUUCUGUAGGUUGGUCUAUAUUGAUGCGGGAAAUAGACAGUUUUGAUAAAUCUCCCCCAUUGUCUACUGUUUUCAUUUAUUAUGCAUUGUUUAAAAUAUUUUCAUUUGUCGUAAUGUCUCUCACUGUUUUGUUUUUUAAUAUUUGUUUAUAUAUUUUUUUUUCACAAUUAGAUCUUUUUAGAAUAGAAAAUGUAAUGUAUGCUUCUGCACAACAGCAACAUUGAGUAGGUGCUUUUAAGUAAUAUUACUGUGAGAUAAAAGAUUAAAAAAAGAUUUUAGCGUGUGAUAAAUAAUUCUCUUGAGUAAUACUGUGUGUAGGCAUAAAUAUGGACACUUUACAGCUUUAUGCAAAUGUGACAAUAUGAGAUGGCAAGAGGGUUUGAGUCCUAGCAUAACAUAUAUUAAACACUUUUUGUUUUAUGAACUUUUUGUGUCCUAUCUUAUAAGCACAGACCAUAAAUUCUUCAUAAGGUAAAAAAUAAUGGACUUUAAUUUUUUACUCCUGAUGGAUUCAUUUCUGAAUAUAUGUUUUGGAAGAGUAGAAGGGGAAAUGUGUUGUACAUUUAUAUGUUUAUUUUGUAAAACUAUCAGGGGAUUUUGAAUGUCUAUUAUCUAAUGCUGUGUACUUGAUCUGAAAGUCUGUCCAUACAUAUAUCUUUUUUGAAUGUGAUGAAGUUACAGCCCAUAUGGCAUGCAUGGGGUUUGAGGAAUAGGCAUGGGCUUAUAUACAAUCUAUCUUAGAGGAUUCUACACAUAUAAUAGGCUGUGUUUCUAUGCUUGGCAUGAUUCCAUGCUAGUAUUAAAUAAGGUCACCAAAAAUUAUAUGACAAAACGAGACUGGCGUUCAUGCUAAAGGUGACCCAGGGAACAUAUGGUCAGCAAUAAGUCAUAUGCAAUAUUGCUAUGUGACUUCAUUUAAAAAAUUCACAGCAAUAUUAAAGGGGUUAUCCAGAAUUAAAAAAAUUGAUCUAAUUUCUUCCAAAAAUAGCAUCACACCUGUCCUCAGGAUGUGUGUGGUACUACAGCUCAGUUCCAUUAAAGUGAACGGAGCCAUGUUGUAAUACCACACACAACUUUUGUAAUCUUGGAUAACCCCUUUUAAUAUCACUGUGAUUUCUUCACAUGCUGUCAUAUCCCCUUUAAGUGUAGACCUGGCCUUAGAUGAAACAGAGCUUUAGCCAUAUUGGUCUUUUUUUCUUACAUGGAAAGAGAAACAAUCAUGUUAAGGUUACAGAUGUAAACUGAAAAAUAUUGUUUCAAUAAAAAUGGAUAAUGCUGUG